AUGACUUCAGAAGAGGAGUCCUUGGAGACUUUUUUUCAGUAUGUGGAGGACAGUGGGCUUCGAACGUAUGAUGGCUUGGUUAUUCAGAAUGCCUCAGACAUUGCCAGGGAGAGCGACCGUGUUCGCAACGAGACCAACUGGGCAUACCUGCAAGAAAAACACACAAAAAAGAAAUGCCAAGAAGAGGCUAUCAAGAGAAUUGGUGAUAACAUUGCCAGGACAGCGGAGGGUUCCUACUCUGGGAAACAUUUCAGGAUGGGUUUUAUGACAAUGCCGGCCCCCCAGGAUCGACUUCCUCCCACCUGUGCCCAGGGGUUCACUGUGCGCUCCCAGUCACUCCACUCAGUGGGAGGCGGAGAUGAGGACACCAACCUAAACUCUCGAAAACAGCCCCCUCCUAAACCCAAGAGAGACCCCAACACCAAACUCAGCAGCAGCUCUGAGGCAGUCGAUGGAGGUUUGGGGACCACCAAGUCUCCCAGAGAUCCAGAAAAACACAUAGCAAGUAAGUGUCGCCCUUGCAGCGAGGAAUAUAAGAGGAUGCCACCUCCCAAACCAAAAAGAAACCCCAACACUCAGCUCAGCACCUCCUUUGAUGAGUCAUACAUCCAUAAUCAUGGAAAUAAGAAGUCUUCCUUGCGAAGGGACAAAUCUUCAUCCCAAAGCCAGAGUCCUGCAUCCAGAGACACAGAUGAUGAUGAGCCUGUUUACAUUGAAAUGGUAGGAAACAUCCUUCGAGGCCUGAAAGGACAAGAAACCCAUGAAAAUGACCAAAGUGAGUCAGUUUAUGAGGAAAUGAAAUACCCUAUGUUGGACGACUUUCUGCAAGACUCCAAAUGGGAAAACUGCAGUCAAACACUGUUCUUGGACUCUGAAUCGAGCCGAUCAUCCACUCCACGUGGAUCUCUGUGUGAUAUUCCCCCUCCCUUUCCCAACCUCCUCACCCAUCGACCCCCACUGCUAGUCUUUCCACCAGCCCCUGCCCAGUGCUCCCCUAACUCUGAUGAGUCACCUCUGACACCUCUAGAUGUUACACGACUGCCCAUGUUGGAAAAUGUUGGCUACAGCAAGUCUGAGCCCAUACCCACAGAUACUCAACAAAGCUCCGCCCAUCACCACAAGGAGAAAAAUAAGGACAGAGAGCGAGAGAGAGAACGAGAUCUCCCCUCUACUCACACCAUCACAUCCUCAGGCCGCUCCUCUGCUCCACCACUCCCCUCCAACUUCUACAAGUCUUCUAGCUCAUCCCAUGGUGGCCAUGGUUACCCACGUAGCCAAUCAGCAUGCCCUUCCCCUGUAAGCAUGGGGCGCUGUCUUACUCCUCUCAGUCUAAAAAGGCCCCCUCCUUAUGAUGCUCUGAUAGCAGGAGGAAGCAUGCCCCGCUCUUCCUCUUCCUCUUCAUCCUCCUCCUCCCAGAGGGCCCAGGAUGGGGGCCCUAGGCUCAGUAACUCUUCUUCUGCCCACGGCUCCAUGCAAAAUGUCUCAACCAGGUCACGGACACCGACAAGUCCUCUGGAGGAGCUGAACACCCUGUUGACUUCAGGAAGACAAAUGCUGAAGAAAGGAUCAGGAGGGAAGAGAGGCAGGGAUUUAGAGGAGUCCAAGGCCAUGUGUAAACUGGGACGAUCAGCCUCCACAUCAGGAGUGCCUUCCCCUGGGGGGACACCCCAGCACCAGUCCCCCAACCCCCAUCUCGCCCUCAGCCAGGUCACAUGGGCAUGUGGAGAUGCCACCAUGAUGGAGAUGAUAGAGAAGAAGAGGGUGUUGUGUCGGGAGAUCAAGUCUCGGCAUCAGCCGGAGAAGAACCAGAAGAACCUGUGUAAGCAGGACAGCAUGCCCAUCCUACCAAGCUGGAGGAAGAAGCAGCCUCCACCCUACUCUGCCCAUACUACUGCUGUCUUCUGGGACACAGCUAUAUGA